ACUGUAGCAAAUUGUAGCCAUUAGAGCGCUGCACCGCGCGCAGCUGGUGUUAUCUGGAUAUGAAAUGUAACCAAUAAAAAAAGUAUCUCAUGCCAAGCGAUACUUGGUAACUAACCAGUGUGGAAGACUGCACGCUUUUCACUCACACAUUGCACCUUCAAGCGGAAUACAACCUGAGCUUCGCGGGGAACUGCGUUACAACAAGGUUACUGAAGUGCAGUCAGAAAGAAAAACUGAGAAAUCUACACACGAUGGACUGCCGGACUGUGGCCAAUGAUACACAUUGCUCCAGUUUCGUGAUGGCAUCGAUGUCCGACGUCGUGGCAAGCUUUUUCAAGUGAAGGGACAGAGCGCAUAUCAUUUUAUUGACAGCGAAUGUCCACAGUAUUCAUAGCCAAUUCUUGCCCUUUGCAGUGCAAUUCCGGUGGUAUACGGAAGCAUCCCUAUACUGACACAAAUAAGAGGAAGGAUUACAGCUCCAGUGUUCAACAUAAAGAAGCCCACAUUGCAGCUCGACCAAUAUAUCUUAUUAAUCUUUUACAACGCAAUGGGAAAGAAUACCUCUGCUGCCUUAUAAGAUGUAUCCGCAACAUCGAGAAAGGGAGCAGCCCAUCUUCAGCGCCAGAGCCCAUGUGUUCCAGAUCGACCCAAACACCAAGAGGAACUGGAUCCCUGCCAGCAAGCAUGCCGUCACCGUCUCCUUCUUCUACGACGGCAACAGGAACGUGUACCGCAUCAUCAGCGUGGGUGGUACGAAGGCCAUUAUCAACUGCACCAUCACACCGAGCAUGACGUUCACCAGGACCUCGCAGAAGUUCGGCCAGUGGGCGGACAGCAGGGCCAACACGGUCUACGGCCUGGGCUUCGCUACAGAGCAGCAGCUGCAUCAGUUUUCUGAGCGGUUUAAGGAGGUGAAAGAGGCUGCCCGUCUUGCACGUGAAAAGUCCCAGGAUAAGAUGGAGUUGGUCAACACUGCUCUCAGCAUCGCUGCGCCACAGUUCUCACAGGACCUCGGUGACGAGCUCCAGUCUCCGCCGGUGAUGUGUGUGAACGGUCCUGAGGACAAGAUGUUCCGCAGCCAAAGCGCAGACAUCACACUGUCUUCUGAGAAGGAGCGUAUUAAAAAGAUGCUUUCUGAAGGGUCUAUCUGCGAGAUGAACCUGGAGGCAGAGCUCUUCACCCUGCAGGACAGCAACUCCAAGCUGGUGUCAGCGUUACAUGAAGCUAAUAACAACGUGCAGCAGUGGAAGAAGCAGCUAGCUGCCUACCAGGAGGAGACGGAGAGGCUACGAGACCAGGUGGCUGAUCUGGAAGCACAUGGCGGCCACGGUCCUAGUGACAUGCUAAAGGAUGAGCUGACUCGGUCUCUGGAGGAACUGGAGGCCCUGCUCAAGGCUAAAGACGAGGAAAUCCACAUUCUGCAGAACAAGAAAUCAGAAUACCAUGAGAUGGAGCAGGAGAGAGAAGAAGCCAUACAUAGAUUACAGGAGAUGGAGAUGCGUAACCUGGAGCUGGAGCGGCGGGUGCAGAAUGCCGAGCAGAACCUGGCCGCCUCCCUAGAGGAGCGGGACCACACAGAGAGUGAGGUGCAGAGGGCCAUCGAGAUCCUGGAUGUCAAGCUCUUUGACCUGAACGACCUCCGGCAGAGCCUGGUCAAGCUGAUUGACAAAUGAUGCCAAAGAGGAAGGGUCUGUUGGGGAUGGCCAAUGCAAAGAGGGAGCUGGUCCUCUCCUGCUAUAAAGCACAACACCGCUUCUGCUGUGGGAAGAUUGCUGCAUCGCUGUACUGUACUUUCCAGCUUGUUAAGCAAUAUGUUGUGGUGUUACCUAGGCAGUGUUUCCCAACCCAGGUCCUCCAUUGUACAUUUUUAUUGUAACCUGGACAAGCACACCUGAUUCAAC